AUGAAUAUGCAGAACCAGCAGAAUCACGUCUUUGGCAAGACCAGAUAUCUGGCCCUCCAGAACUUAAGAAGGUCUCAUGGUAAAGCAGCCAACCUGCCAUGGCCUAUUCUGAUCCCAUCCUCUGCUAUGAAGAUGGAGAAAAGGGUAGACUACAACAAUUCAGCCCAGGAGUGGAUCCAAAUUUCCCAAAAGGCAGUUAUCACGUUGGAGUACGCUCCCCGCCUCUCCCGCUGGCCAGGAGAGUGCUGGGGGCAAAGGACCCCGGCAAAGGCUGUAAGAAAGUACCAGUGGAUUUUGACACCCAGAAGGACCCCAUCUCGCCAGAAGGCCUCUGCUCCCGAGAGGAUGCACAGCCUUGUUGGGGGCCUCAUCACAGCCCUAGUGAUAAUGUUUCGGUCAGUGGAGGCAUAUGGACCAAUACCACGGAUCAUCUGGAAUCUUGAAGAGUUAGAUCUGGUGAAGUUUCAUGAGCCAGGUAUCUUCAACUACUCACUCUUGCUGCUGAGCAAAGACCAGGAUAUACUGUACGUGGGUGCCCGGGAGGCCAUCUUCGCAGUGAACGUACUCAACAUCUCUCAGAAGCAGAAUGAGGUAUACUGGAAAGUCUCUGAGGACAAAAAAGCAAAAUGUGCACAAAAGGGAAAGUCAAAAGAGACAGAAUGCCUUAACUACAUCCGAGUGCUGCAGCCACUCAGCACAGGCUCCCUCUACGUAUGUGGAACCAACGCCUUCCAGCCCAUCUGUGACCACCUGAACUUAACAUCCUUUAAGUUUCUGGGGAUAAAUGAAGAUGGCAAAGGAAAGUGUCCCUUUGGCCCUGCACAUAGCUGUACAUCUGUCAUGGUUGAUGGACAGCUUUAUUCGGGGACAGCAAGUAACUUUUUUGGAAACCAGUAUAUCAUCUCCCGGAUUACCCCCCAAAAUUCUCUGCGGACAGAGUAUGACACUGCCUUGCUAUAUGAGCCUAACUUCGUCUUUGCCGAUGUGAUCCAAAAAGCCCCAGGCAGUCCUGAGGGCAAGGAUGACAAGGUCUACUUCUUCUUCACUGAAGUGUCUGUGGAAUAUGAGUUUGUUUACAAGUUAAAGAUCCCCCGCGUUGCGAGAGUGUGCAAGGAGGACCAUGGUGGCUUACGGAUGUUGAAAAAUAGGUGGACUUCCUUCCUCAAAGCCAAGCUCAUCUGCUCCCGAUCUGACAUAGGCCUGGUCUUCAACAUAGUGCAAGAUGUCUUCGUGCUGCGGGCUCCAGACCUCGAGGAGCCAAUAUUCUAUGCCCUCUUCACCCUGCAGUUGGGGCUAGUGCAGCUGUCAGCUGUCUGUGCCUACACACUGUCCAGAGUAGAGGCAGUCUUUUCCCAAGGGAAGUACAUGGAAUCCAAUAUCAAGUGGGUGCCCUACAAUGGCCCAGUGCCCACACCACGGCCAGGAGCGUGCAUCGACAGUGAGGCACUUGCAACCAAGUAUACCAGCUCUUUGGAUUUACCAGAUAAUACACUGAGGUUCAUCAGAGACCACCCUUUAAUGGAUGAUGCAGUAACUCCAAUAAACAACAAACCCAAGUUCAUCAAAAAAGACAUAAGCUACACCCAGAUUGUGGUGGACAGGACCCAGGCUCUGGAUGGGAAAUUCUAUGAUGUCAUGUUUAUGAGCACAGACAGAGGCACCCUGCACAAAGCUGUGAGCCUCGAGAAUGAUGUGUACAUGAUUGAGGAGACACAGCUUUUCCAGAAUUCAGAGCCAGUCAAAACUCUGCUAUUGUCUUCAAAGAAGGGAAGCAAGUUUGUCUAUGCUGGUUCCAAUGCAGGAGUAGUCCAGGUCCCCCUGGCCUUCUGCAGGAAGUACAGCAGCUGCAAGGAUUGUGUGCUAGCGCGGGACCCCUACUGUGCUUGGAACCCAACUGAGAGGACCUGUGACAUUCUGCAUGAGAUCCAAGGCCCAAGCAGGGGUUGGAUUCAGGAUCUGAAUGACAAUGCAUCCUGGUGCCCAAGUCGAGAUUGCUUUUACCUGCAUAAGGGUCUCAUUGUGGCUGGCCAGAGGAUAAAGUGCUAUGACCAAGAUAAGCAGGCUUGGAUUCAGGCCAGAAUGCCCCAGCCUCAGCCCUCUGCCCUUCUCUGA